CAUUUCAACGCUUUUGGGUGCUCUAUUGCUUGGCUGUUCACAUGGAAGCUAAAAGUCAAGUGGAGCCGAGCUCCGCCAGCUCCAGCUUAAAGCUUAUCAAGGUCGAGCCGUGCCGAGGUACAACAUGCUGACAGGACAGCCUGAACAAUGAAAUGGUCAUUCCUCGCAAAAGAUAUCAAUAAAUUGGGCAAUCAUCCGUACAAUCACGUUGGCAUUCCAUUUCCGUUUGGGUGAUCAGAAUAGAGUAUCAAAAACAGAAUCCAACCGUCAUGUCCGCAAAAGACUCGAGCGCCCCGCUCUUCACGGUUCCCAUACCGGCAUCCGAGCCCCACCCGGGCGGCGCGGUGGUCUGCACGGAGGUCAGGCCGGCCGUGUACCUGCUAACGUUCACGUCGCCGCCGGACAACCGGGUGACGACGGCGUUUUGCGACGCCAUGCUGGCGGCGCUGGACCUGCUCGAGUUCGGCGGCCACGCCCCGGGCGUCGUCGUCACCACGAGCGGCAUCCCAAAGUUCUACUCCAACGGGCUCGACCUCGCGCACGCGGCCGGCACCCCCGGGUUCUGGUCCGGGAAGCUGUAUAAGCUGUUUAGGCGGUUCCUGACCUACCCCUACCCGACAAUCGCCCUCAUAAACGGCCACGCCUUCGCAGCAGGCCUUAUGCUGGCCAUGCACCACGACUACCGCGUCAUGAGCCCCGCGCGCGGCUUCGCGUGCCUCAACGAGCUCGACUUCGGCGCUCCGCUCAAGCCCGCCAUGAGCGCCAUCUUCCGCGCCAAGCUCGCGGCGCCGGCCUACCGCGACCUGGUCCUCGAGGCGCGCCGGUUCGGGGGCCCCGAGGCGCUGGAGAGGGGCAUCGUCGAUGCGGUGGGGGGGCUGGAGGACGGGGUGCUGGAGGGGUUGGUUGGGCCUAGGGGGCUGGUGGGGAAGGGGAGGUCGGGGGUGUAUGGGGUGCUGAAGGCGGAGAUGUAUAGGGAGUGUAUUGGGUAUUUGACGGAGGAGGGACAUGAGAGGGAGGAGCAGCGGGAUAGGAGGGGGGCGGAGGAGGAUGAGGUGAGGAGGGAGCGUGGGAGGCGGAGGGUGGCGGAGUGGAAGGCAAAGGGGAAGUUGUGAGGUACGGGAGGGCCGUGAGUAAGGGUAAGGGGUAAGGGGUUCACGGAAUCACGGAAUUAUGGCGCUGCUAUAACUUGUGUUUGUUUCCAUACGUUGUCCUUCUCCUGAUCGUGUACUAUUAAAUAAAUAAAUACUGUCGCAAACAUAAAUGCCAGCCAGACCAUUUAACAGGCCAAAGCCCAGUUGGAUAUCACAAACCACACACUCUCCAAGAACCGCAUAAACAUUCAUUCUCUAGGGCAAGACAGCCCCACUAUGCCCUGGCGCCAGCGCCCCCUCCCGAGGCCACGACAACCCCUGGCUGCUCGCCCUCCCCACCAGGAGCCUCCGAGUGGACACCGUUCUGCCCCGCCACGGCGUCGCCUCCGGGGGCCGGGUUGUAGGCGGCGGUGCCCUGGCUCGGGUCCGCGGCAAGGCCGUACCAGGCGAUGACGGAGAUGCCGAGGAUACCGCUCAGGCAGCUGAAGACGAGGGCGACGAUGCCG